CGCGCCUUUUGUUUGAGACUAAUGUUGACAACUCGUGGACUCAUUCCUCGCAUUCGCAUCUGAUUUGAGGUCGCAUUACAAGACACCGACCGUUGAGAUAAAGACUGAAAGCGCCGCCACUUGUGUCCAAUGAUGUCGUUCAUGGGUGCCAUCCGUUGGACAGCACUGCGGGCUCUUCAGCCCAACAGCGGAGGUAUGGUUUGGAAACAAUCGCCACAAAUGCCUGCCAUUGGAUCCAUUGGAUCCAUUCGUUUGGUGAAUAUGUUUGGGAAGAUAUCGGAGGAUCUGGAGAACAAAGUGCCCGAAAGGCCUAAAAGACCGCAAACGGGAUAUAAUAUGUUUUAUAAGGACCUGUCGACCAAACUUCGACUCCAGAACCCGUCCCUCAAUAUCCAGGAAUUGGCCAAAACUGUGGGCAAAGAGUGGAAGAUAUUGGACCCGAAGGCCAAACAAGAACUGGUCGAUAGGGCGCAGAGGAAUAGCCUACUAUACAAAGAGCAGAUCCAGAAGUGGAAGGACUCGUUGUCUGACAAACAAAAGGAUAACUAUUUGACCGAAAUUAGGAGUCGGAAGCGAGUGUUGGCCAGACGUAGGCUCAGGUCUGAACUCAAACGACUUGAUUAUCCGAUUCGAGCCAAAAGUGCUUUUAAUCUCUACAUCAAAGAAGCCAUCGAUAAUAGAGUGAAAACUUCGGAACCAUUUGUCGAUGUCUUCAAGAGAAUUGUGUCCAAAUGGAAGACAAUGAGUCCAUUAGAGAGGGAGCCGUACGUGGAAAGCGCCAAAAGCGAUAAAAUGAGAUAUUUGUCUGAAAUGGAGGUCUGGAAGGAAACGGUGGCGACGGUUGAGAAGAAGGAGACUAUGGAUCGACUGACUCGACUGAAGAGCUUGUCGUCCAGAAUCGUCAAAAGCGACCAAAAGUCGAAAAAAGUGCCCAAAAAGCGUAAAUUGAAGGCAAAGUCUAAGACAACAAAAGCCAAACCCAGAGGAAGACCGAAGUCACUUAAAUUGAAGACCACAUCGAAAACGGCUGCAAAAACUAAGUCUAAAUCGAAGUCCAAAUCUGUGGCAAAGUCUAAGAAACCAAAGAAGUCGACAAAAGCUGGAUCCAAGUCCAAGGCUGACAGCUCUGAUGACUCGGAAAAUGAGACAAAAGGUUAACAAAUGUGACCACAAGUCUAGAACUAACUUAUGAUGUGUGCAUCCGUUCAUUACUAUUGA